AUCUUCACCCAAAUUUAGCUUUAGCUGGAUUGAUUCAAGAGCUUCUUGUAUAUUGCGCAAAUAAAUGUUAUGGUUGCCCUGCGCAUAUACGCCUUGAUUCUCAUAAGCAUCACUUAUUGUCUUGUUCUUAUACUCCAACAUCAUGUCAGAAUUCUCAAUGGGGAUGUGAUUUUAAAGGAACUAUAAAGACUGUUAAAGAUCAUAUAGAAGUUUGUGUUUAUGAGAAAUUUAAAGGUUAUAUUCAAAGGAAUGAUUCUAGAAUUGAACAGUUAGAAAAAGCCAUAGAGGAACAACAACGUGAAUUUGAAAAAUUACUGCUGCUAGUGAAAAAAUCAAGACUCGAAAUAGCGUCAUCUAUAGAUUCUGUUACCGUUAAUGGUAAUGGAGUUGACUAUCGUUCGUUAGAGGAAAACGAUGAAACAGACACAUUCCCGCUUGGUGAAAUUACAUGUCGACAGACCAUAUCUGAACAUACUUGUGGUGUUACGUCGCUUGCAUAUAGCAAAGGCUUAAUUUAUGCUGGUGCUCAUGAUGGGUCUGCAAAGAUAUUCAAAGCUGAUUCCGGACAAAUGAUCAAAAAUCUACAUGGUCAUCGAAUGUCUGUUUGGGCUUUGGCUGUGAGCUCAGAGAAUGAAAGAUUUUUCAGUGCGGGAUCUGAUGGGACGAUUAAAGUAUGGGAUUUGAAAGAGGAUAAUUCUGACAAUUGUAUUAGUACCUUGACUCAACAUAAUGGAAAAAUAUAUGGAUUGGUUGUUAGUGGAAACCGACUUUACUCUGCUUCAUCGGAUAAAACCAUCAAGGUUUGGGAUCCUGUUACAUUGGAAAAUAUAUCGAUAUUCACUGGUCACUCUGAUGGUGUAAAUAAUUUGAUUGCAAUGGACAAUGGCAAGUUGGCGACUGCAGGGAGUGAUAAUACUGUCAAGAUUUGGGAUGCGAUAACAGGUACAUGUAUCCAAACAAUAUCCUCUCAUUCAUCUGAAGUUUUGGACGUUGCAUCAGGCGACAAUCUUUUAUUCGCCUCAACGUAUGAUGCUGUCAUACAUGUUUAUAAUCUUAAUGAUUAUUCGUCCGUUGCUACGCUGUCUGGACAUAAUUGGGAAGUGUGGCAAUUGGAAUACACUAACGGUGCAAUGUUUAGUGCAAGUUUUGAUCAUACAAUCAAGCGGUGGGACGUACGAAAUCACUUGAUCUGUAAUGCUACAUUAAGAGGUCAUAAAGGCCAUAAUAAUUUAAUUACUGGAUGUGCCGACAGGACAAUCAAAGUAUGUUAA